CCUACUGCAUUUACAGUAGGAUUUGUUGGCUGGAUAUAAUGUUGGUGCUGACAAUGUCUCUGAUGUUAUUUAUUUGCCGUCUUUGGAUUGUGUGUUGUCACUGAAGCCCCGGGCACUCAUUACACAUCUGACAAGAUGGCAGGAGAAAUCUUUACCAACUUGGAUAACCUGUGUAAUGUGGAUUGCACUAAUGUCCACCCCCUGGUGUGUCACAUGUGCCAUGAGCAGUACCAAUCCCCGUGUUUAUUGGACUGCUACCAUAUCUUCUGUGCCCGGUGCCUGCGAGGCCGUACCAAUGACAGCCGACUCAGCUGCCCCCUCUGUGGUUAUCCAUCCAUAGUAAAAGGGAAUAGCUCCCUCCCACCAGAGGACCGUCUGCUGAAGUUCCUGGUCGACAACAAUGCGGACGCUGAGGAGACAGUGCAGUGUGCCAACUGUGACCAGGAAAGUAACACAAAGGACGCAGGGGUGAUGUACUACUGUAACACUUGUAGCCAGCCACUUUGCAGCGCCUGCAAGGAGUUGACUCACAAGGCCAGAAUGUUUUCCCACCAUGAGAUUGUAUCCCUGGUCAAACGCACCAGAGCCAAACACAGGAAGUGCUCUCUCCACGAGGAGCCCUACAUCCUGUUCUCAACAGAGAAUCAGUCCAUGCUUUGCAUCAAGUGCUUCAGAGACAUGCAGGUGGAAAGUCGGACUCACUGCAUUGAUAUUGAAACAGCUUACAUGCAGGGCUGUGAGAUGUUGGACCAGGCUGUGCUGGUGGUGAAGGAGCUGCAGACUUCGGCUCAAGAGGCGAUCCUUCAGCUGCGAGCAAUGAUAGGAGAAGUGUGUCUCAAUGUGGAGGAAGAAGAGAGUGCAAUCUGUACUCUGUUCAACAGCUUGCAGGAAAAACUAGCAGAGCGGAAGAAGAUUCUACUAAAAGCAGCUCAGAGUCAACACGAGGAGAAGGAGAAAGCACUAAAGGAGCAGCUCUCACACCUUAAUGCCCUCCUACCAACCCUCCAGGUGCACCUCGUCACCUGUUCAGCCUUCCUUAGCUCAGCUAACAAGUUUGAGUUUUUGGACAUGGGCUACCAACUCAUGGAGAGGCUGAAGAGGAUUGUGAAGCUCCCUCAUCGACUGAGACCGGUGCAGAGCAGCAAAAUCAACACGGACUACAGAAGUGAGUUUGCUCGCUGUCUGGAGCCCUUACUGCUGCUGGGUCAGCGCUGCCCUUCUUCUGUUGCCGGAUCUAUAAGUGUCGCAGCAAGGCACCAGUCCCCCCUCUCCGUGUCCUGCCGCUCCCCGUCUCUCAGUGAGAUGCCCCUGGGCUCGGUGUGCGGGCGAAGGCCCACCUGUCACCGCAACAUCUGCACCAAGGUGCUCCUGGCUGAGGGGAAGGAAACGCCCUUCACCGAGCACUGCCGUAACUAUGAGAACACCUACAGGACUCUCCAGACAGAGAUUCAGAAUCUGAAGGACCAGGUCCAGGAGCUGCACCGAGAUCUGACCAAGCACCACUCCAUCAUCAACACAGAUCAAAUGAGAGAGAUCAUGGACAGAUCGCUGCACAUCGACAGCCAGAUAGCUUCCCAGCACGCCACCGUGGAAACUAUGAGAGUCAUGUUUGAAGAGGUCUGGGAUGAGACUUUUCAGAGGGUCACUAAUGAGCAGGAUAUCUAUGAAGCCCAGCUUCAUGACCUGAUGCAGCUGAAGCAGGAGAACUCUUACCUAACCACGAUCACCAGACAGAUCAGCCCGUACAUCCUGUCCAUUGCCAAAGUCAAAGAGCGACUCGAGCCCAGGUUUCAGGAGCCUAAAGAGCACCAUGACGACCGCACAGAAACAAUGCUGAAAAUCUAUGAAGACGGCACAGUCGCUAAAGAUGGUCAAGACAGUGACAACCAGACCUGUGUCACAGACCUAGACAGACACAAGAACAACCGCCCACUGAUCCUCGAAUCGGGGGAGAGCUCUGUCAAGACCAAUCGCCCGGGCAGGCCGAGGGUUCCCAUGGAGACGGCCAGCCACAAUGAGAUGCCUUCUUAAACACCAUGUCAUUUGAUUUCCUGCCCCCCUCUCCCUUAAUGUGCCUUAACUCAACCAUAGCGAAGCCCAGGACGGUAUGUCACUUAUUCUGCUGUCCGGAUACUGUACAUAACAAUUUCACAGCAGCGUGGAGCUGUCAACAGCUCCAAAGUGAGCCCUCGGGACAGACACUAACUGGAGAUAGACGCGUGGAGGUCAAUCACUGUCAAAGUGGGACAUGGACAGCCUCCUUGUUUAAAAUGGACAAAGAUAACACCAUUUAGAAUGACUUAAAACAGAGUGAAUAAUCUUUUACUUUUGCUUUGGCUGUUGAAAUGAUAAGUAUGCUGAGAGUG